AUGGCGGUAGAUACGGCGUACCAACCUCCAUCUCCAGGCUCCGACGAUGUAGACGCUAUCUCAGAGGAUGACCGCCCCGGACCCUCAAAGCGAAAGAGCAAGACCGUCAGAUCGAGGGAACAUGGCGCGGACGAGUCGGGUAGGCAGGCGUGGGAGGGGAUGUAUAAGCGGUCGUGGGACGUAGUACAGGAGGACGCAGAAGGCGGGUUGCAGGCCGCUGUGGAUAGCUUGAUAGCGAGGGGAAGAAGGAAACGAGCCCUUGUAUCGGAGACUCCACUGCGAAGAUCUAUCAUCCGGCAUCUGUUCAUCAUCCUAGACCUGUCAGAAUCAGUAAGGGAUAAAGACUUCAGACCUACUAGGUUUGAUCUCCUCCUCACAUAUCUGCGGACGUAUAUUGUCGAAUGGUUCGACCAGAAUCCACUAGGCCAGGUCGGGGUGGUACUCAUUCGAGAUAGACUGGCGGAGACGCUGGUGCCAAUGGGAGGUAAUCCUCAGGAUAUCCUUGCGGCUCUGUCAGAUAAGCGUAAACUUGAGCCAUCUGGCGAAGCGUCCUUACAAAAUGGUCUCCUGAUGGCCAAAGGCGGAAUGGCCCAUCUACCCUCCUCUUCCUCCCUCGAGACCCUCACCCUCUUCUCCUCCAUCUCCACCUCGGACCCAGACGGCUCCUACAGCAUCCAUCAACUCCUGAACGACCUCGUCCAAGCCCGUGUCCGGAGCAGCAUCAUCAGUCUCUCGGGCGAGAUCAAGAUCUGCCGCCAAAUCGCUGAGCGGACAGGCGGGAAGUUCGGCGUGGCGAUGGACGAAGAUCAUCUCCGGGAGCUCAUGUGGGAGAGUAUACCCCCGCCGGCACAGACGGUCGCGGCGAGCACGAUGGGCGUACGGUCCGCUCUGGCUGCAGGCGGCUCCAAAGGAGCUGUCGGGAAGGGGAAGCCACCUCCCGCUGGAGAUCUGAUGAUCAUGGGCUUUCCGACGCGAUUGCCUACUGGCGGAGAGACGAUGUGCGUGUGUCACGGGCUGUUGAAGAAGGGAGGGUACAUGUGUCCCCGGUGCGGGAGCAAGCUAUGUGACGUGCCGACGGACUGCGAGGUGUGCGGGUUAAUGGUCGUCAGUAGUCCACAUCUGGCUAGAAGUUUCUGGUUCCUCUUCCCCGUCGCCAACUACGACACGCUACCCUAUGAUGUGGGCAUGCAAGAAUUUGGCUCGCUAUCGCCGACCUGCUCCGGUUGCGAUGUCGACUUCCCGACCGUGGACGAGUUAGGCUUGAACAUGGGCGUCGCGGCGCAAGCGGAUGGUGUGAGCCCUACAGGUAGAUAUAGAUGCGCAAAGUGCAAGAGCGACUUCUGCGGGGAUUGCGACCUGUACAUCCACGACACGCUACAUACAUGUCCAGGAUGCUCACAAUGA